UCCGCUCGGGGCGGCGGCGGUGGCGGAAGUGGAAGCGGAGUCAGAUUCUUGGCCAUAAAGCCCAAGGCGGCGGCUGCGGCGGCGUUGGAAAUUUAGGGAGUGCGCAGGAGUCCUUUCAAACCGGAACUUGGCCUUCUCUGCCGUGUCCUCCCUUGCGUCUCCUCGGCGGGAGCCCUUGUGACGCGCCCGGCCCGGAGCCCCCAGCGGAGCGGCAGCGAUUUGGGAGAGUUGAUUCAGAUUUAAGUCUAAGAACUGGAAAGUGAGGUUGUGAGUACUUCUGAAGAUACUGGCCAAGUUUGAAGGAUGACCUCUAGGAAGAAAGUAUUGCUGAAGGUUAUCAUCCUGGGAGAUUCUGGAGUUGGUAAGACAUCACUCAUGAACCAGUAUGUGAACAAGAAAUUCAGUAAUCAAUAUAAAGCCACAAUAGGAGCAGACUUUCUGACAAAGGAGGUGAUGGUGGAUGACAGACUAGUAACAAUGCAGAUCUGGGACACAGCAGGACAGGAACGAUUCCAGUCUCUUGGUGUAGCCUUCUACAGAGGCGCAGACUGCUGCGUUCUGGUAUUUGACGUGACUGCCCCCAACACGUUCAAAACCCUUGAUAGUUGGAGAGAUGAGUUUCUCAUCCAGGCCAGUCCUCGGGAUCCUGAAAACUUUCCCUUCGUGGUUUUAGGAAACAAGAUUGACCUCGAAAACAGACAAGUGGCCACGAAGCGAGCACAGGCCUGGUGCUACAGCAAAAACAACAUUCCCUACUUUGAGACCAGUGCCAAGGAGGCCAUCAACGUGGAGCAGGCGUUCCAGACAAUUGCACGGAAUGCACUUAAACAGGAAACGGAGGUGGAGCUGUACAAUGAAUUUCCUGAACCGAUCAAACUGGACAAGAAUGACCGGGCCAAAGCCUCAGCAGAAAGCUGCAGUUGCUGAAUGAGCAGUGAGAGCAGAGCACAGAGUCCUUCACAAACCAAGAACACACUUAGGCCUUCCAACACAAACCCCCCUCUCCUCUUCUAAAAAAAAAACACAUAACGUGAUUUCUCUGGACCAGUUGCCAAAAGAAAUCCCACCAAACACACUCACCCCCCCACCAUACAACACACACACACACCUGACACAAGCCCAGGCAGACUCCAGCCCAGGCCUGUGCUGGCUCCAUCAGAGUCUGCCCAUCCACCACAUCAGCCCUUGUAUGGCCACAGGAUGGGCCAGCUUUAGACAUCAUUCUGACAUAGAGUUGGCAUCAGAAGCUUAUUUUUAUCCACCAGGGAGAGAGAACUGUUUACAGUUAACUUGUGUCUAAUUAGUUAUCUGAUUUUUUUUAAUGGUCUUGUGUCUUUUUACCCCAUCCCCAACCCCCUCCUAUGAAGGCUACCACUUGGGAAGGCUGGUGCCCCAUGCUUCAUUACAGGCUCACACCCAGUGUGAUCAAGCUGAGUUUUGUAUGUAUCUGUUAAUGCUUGUUACUUUUAACUAAUCAGAUCUUUUUACAGUAUCCAUUUAUUAUGUAAUGCUUCUUAGAAAAGAAUCUUAUAGUACAUGUUAAUAUAUGCAACCAAUUAAAAAUGUAUAAAUUAGUGUAAGAAAUUCUUGGAUUAUGUGUUUAAGUCCUGUAAUGCAGGAGUGUAGGAUGGAGGGUUGAACCCUGUCUGGAUGGCAGAGUGUUAGCAACUCAGAAUUCAGAAACCCAGCUAGAGGCAGUAUUCUGUACAGUAGACACAAGAAUUAUGUACGCCUUUUAUCAAAGACUUAAGAGCCAAAAAACCUUUCAUCUCUCCAGGGGGAAAACUGCCUGUUUCCUUCUGUAUCUAAAUUUCCAAAAGGUUGAUUUGCAUAAUACAGUGGUGUGUGUAGUAGAUAAAUGGCUGUUAAAAUUCUCAUUCCCACCCCCUUUUUUUUUCCUCCUCCACACUUUGAAACUCCCCUAUUAGAUCAACAUUCUACUUAUAAGAGGAAAAGGAAUAUCCUAACAGAUCUGUCUUAGUGAUUUUACCUUUGUUCUAGAAGGCUCUCCUUUUCAGGGUUGUGGUAUCCUUAGGUUAGCAAACCUUUUUCUCCUUUUCCCCACUGACUCCCCAAUAUUGCCCAUUAUUAAUUAACCUGUUUCUUUGGUAUGGAAUCCUGGAAGUUCUGCCCCCUCUCUAAGAUCUGCUCCUGCACUAUAGCUUGCUUAACAGAGUACUUCCCCCUUUUCCAAAGGUCUACAUUCUAGGGUGUGGGCCAAGUUCUUCUGUAAAGAGAUGAACGUGAUGCCAAUAAAAUGUAACAAGAGCAAAGAUCA